AGGACAGCACUAGAAGGCAGAGCAGAGUUCUCUCUCUCAGUUACCGAGCUGAUUGAGCGCACACAUCUGCCACUAUCAAUGUGCGUAAAAGGCGCGCCUUUGUCUUUACGCACGGCGCAUAGUGGGGAUAUUUUUUGAACUCCUAUAUCAGGCACCUAUAGUCAAUCCAUAGAGGGAGAUUUUGUAUGUGGACACGUAACCGGCUGUGCGUGUUUAAUUACAAAGUGCUUUGCUCUAAAUGAGCGUGGCGCAAAACUCCCCACUGCUAUUUCUCCCGUUUGAAACUGGACUUAUAAUUCUGGUGCAACCUGUAGUGGUGCAGUGAUUCUUGCGUUCGGAACAGCAGAAUGGAUCCUUUAUUCAAUACGACCGAUGCCCCAAGCGCGCCAGUCAGCUCCAACGGCACCGACAACGGAACGGCGUACUGGAACCAGUUCGUGCAACCAGUCUGGAGAAUCGUCCUGUGGGCGAUUGCGUACAGUUGCAUAGUGGUUGUGUCAGUGGUAGGCAAUGUGACCGUGAUCUGGAUCAUCAUGGCGCACAAGCGCAUGAGGACCGUCACCAAUUAUUUCUUGCUCAACCUGGCGUUCGCCGAAGCAUCCAUGUCCGCCUUUAACACGGUGGUAAACUUCGCCUACGCGGUGCACAACGAGUGGUACUUCGGACUGGUCUACUGCCGCUUCCACAACUUCUUCCCCAUCGCGGCUGUUUUUGCCAGCAUCUACUCGAUGACUGCCAUCGCACUAGACAGGUACAUGGCCAUUAUCCACCCUCUGCAGCAACGCAUGUCAUCCACAGAGACCAAGGUUGUGGUGGCCGUGAUCUGGGUUCUGGCUCUGCUCCUGGCCUUUCCUCAGUACUACUAUUCUACCACGGACCAGCUCCCCGGCCGGGUGGUGUGCUACAUCGAGUGGCCUGAUUAUACCACGUUUGACUUCAAAAAGAUGUACCAUGUCUGUGUGACCAUCCUGAUCUACUUCCUUCCGCUGCUGGUGAUGGGCUGUGCUUACCUUGUGGUGGGCGUGAACCUUUGGGCCAGCGAGAUCCCAGGAGACUCCUCUGACCGCUACAAAGAGCAGCUCACUGCCAAGCGCAAGGUGGUGAAGAUGAUGAUUGUGGUGGUGUGUACAUUUGCCAUCUGCUGGCUGCCCUACCACGUCUAUUUCCUACUCCACCAGUUCUUCCCUGAGUUGUUUGAAGAAACAUACAUCCAGCAGUGUUAUCUGGCCAUCAUGUGGUUGGCCAUGAGCUCCACCAUGUACAACCCCAUCAUCUACUGCUGCUUAAAUGACAGGUUUCGUGCUGGUUUCAAACAAGCAUUCCGUUGCUGCCCCUGUGUCCCUCGAGGCUCUUAUGAAGGCCUGGAACUCAAGUCUACUCGGUACCUGCAGACCCAGACCAGCGUUUACAAGGGAAGCCGAAUGGAGACCACUGUUUCUACUGUUCUUCAUGCUGCGGAGGAAGCAGAGCAGCCCAAGGUCAAAGUUAAAGGAGGUAUUGGGCCUGGAGGGAAUGCUGUUGGGCUGCAACCACAUAGUUCCUCCCUGGACCUCACUUCAAAUGGGUCGUCAUCACGGAGCGUUUCCAAAACUGUAUCUGAGACGUCAAGUUUCUUCUCCAGUAACAACCUGCAAUAG